CUGCGUAGCUGCCUGGCUCCGGCUUCCGGGUAAUGCUAGCGCGAUGGGGCGGAGGGCCGGAGUUGCCGAGUAGCGGCUGCUAGUGGGCGUGUUCGUUGAGCGGUCUGACCCAAGGGCCGGGGUCCCAGGGUCUUUGAGAGCAGACUGCAGGGCGCGGCGACAGCCUAGGAUCUCCGCCAGUCCCCGCCACCUACUAUGUCGGCCGAAGCCUCGGGCCCCGCGGCGGCCGCGGCCCCAUCGCUAGAAGACCCUAAGCCCUCAGGUCUCGAGCCUGGCUCCGCCGCCUACGGUCUCAAGCCGCUGACCCCGAACAGCAAGUACGUAAAGCUGAACGUGGGGGGCUCGCUGCACUACACUACGCUGCGCACCCUCACGGGACAGGACACCAUGCUCAAGGCCAUGUUCAGCGGCCGCGUGGAGGUGCUCACGGACGCCGGAGGUUGGGUGCUGAUCGACCGGAGCGGCCGCCACUUUGGCACAAUCCUCAACUACCUGCGGGACGGGUCCGUGCCACUGCCUGAGAGUACCAGAGAGCUGGGGGAGCUCCUAGGCGAAGCACGCUACUACCUGGUGCAGGGCCUGAUUGAGGACUGCCAGCUGGCACUGCAGCAAAAAAGGGAGAAUCUGUCCCCGCUGUGCCUCAUCCCCACGGUGACUUCUCCCCGGGAGGAGCAGCAGCUCCUGGCCAGCACCUCCAAGCCCGUGGUGAAGCUUCUGCACAACCGCAGUAACAACAAGUACUCCUAUACCAGCACUUCAGACGACAACCUACUUAAGAACAUCGAGCUGUUUGACAAGCUGGCCCUGCGCUUCCACGGGCGGCUGCUCUUCCUCAAGGAUGUCCUGGGGGACGAGAUCUGCUGCUGGUCUUUCUACGGGCAGGGCCGCAAAAUCGCCGAGGUGUGCUGCACCUCCAUUGUCUAUGCUACGGAGAAGAAGCAGACCAAGGUGGAAUUCCCAGAGGCCCGGAUCUUUGAGGAGACCUUGAACAUCCUGAUCUACGAGACUCCCCGGGGCCCAGACCCAGCCCUCCUGGAGGCCACAGGUGGUGCAGCUGGAGGUGGUGGUGCAGGCCGAGGGGAGGAUGAAGAGAACCGAGAGCACCGUGUUCGCAGGAUCCAUGUCCGGCGCCACAUCACCCAUGACGAGCGUCCUCACGGCCAACAGAUUGUCUUCAAGGACUGACUUGACUCUUCCCUUCCCUUCUUCCUGGCUCUGGGCCCUCCUUUCUCUCUUUUCUUCCCCUUCUUAGCCUUUGCCCCGGCUCUGCUGGCCAAGUCGCGGGCCCUCCUUCUGUCCCUCCAGUGCAUGAUACAGUUCAUUUUGGUCCUCACAUUCAUUCCCUGCUCACUGCUAACACGGUACAUUCCAGCCCCUGUCCUUGGACCUCUUCCGAAGGUCAACAUUCGUCCCCAGGCCCAUCCUUGGCCUGCUCUCCUUCCCUCACCAGCUGGUUUAGAACGAUGUAGAAUCCCUUUUCUCUUUUUUAGUACAUCGUACAUGCCAAAGUGUUGAGCCAGCUGUGAACAUCCAUCACAUUCUGAGCCACCUCCCGCCAUGUGCAGGGGAGUUCGCCUCCCUCCUUCCCCACUGUGCUCCCUGCCUCCUUAACUUUGUACUAGGCUGACCUGGCCUGUACCAGCUCAGUGGUCUUCUCGGUCUGUUUCGUAUUAUUUAUUAUUUUAAUUUUCUAUUAAAUUAUUGGAAUAAAGUUGAGUCAAGGGUC